AUGCACCCUGAAUUCCAGGAUGAGGACAUCAUGGCCUUGUUCGAGGAAGAGAAGGAGCAUGAAGAUAGGGAUAAGUGGAUCGUGUGGUUCGAUGGCGCAUUCAACGCCUUAGGCCAUGGAGUUGGGGCAGUUUUGGUCACUCCCGACAAUCAAUGCAUACCCUUGACGGCAAGGUUAGUCUUCAAUUGCACGAAUAACAUGGCUGAAUAUGAGGCAUGCGCCCUUGGGAUCCAAGCAGCAAUUAACCUCAACGUCAAAUUGCUCAAGAAACUGAUACCUUAUCAGGCCUACAUCAAGAAACUGAUGCAUUUCUUCGAUGAUAUCUCCUUCCACCACAUUCCCAGAGAGGAGAAUCAAAUGGCUGAUGCGCUUGCUACUCUAGCAUCCAUGUUUCAGCUAACCCCGCAUGCAGACUUGUCAUAUAUCGAGUUUAGAUGCAGCAAGCCCGCACAUUGCUACUUGAUAGAAGAGGAGCAAGAUGGUAAACCGUGGUACUUUGACAUUAAGCGAUACGUCGAGGACAAGGAGUAA